UUAACAGCUAGCAACAAUAGUAGACGUAACAACAGGUAGUUUUUAUAUAGGCAUGCAAUUUGCAAAAUAUUUACCGCCUACUUGUCGCUCCAUACAGCGCGGAGGCUUUUCUAAUGCUGCCAGGCACUUGGCACAAAAAUCUUCGACGGAUCAAGUGCGCAUUGUGGAGGUUGGACCCCGAGAUGGCUUACAAAAUGAAGCAAAACUGCUGCCAGCUGCAGUCAAAAUAGAGCUUAUCGAUCGUUUAUCCGAAACGGGACUGCGUACAAUAGAAGCUACCAGUUUUGUUAGCCCAAAAUGGGUGCCGCAAAUGGGUGACAACACUGAGGUUAUGCGCGGUAUACAUCGCUUGCCUGGCAUUAGCUAUCCCGUGCUGACACCCAAUUUAAAAGGCUUUGAAAGUGCCCUAGCCGCAGGAGCUGAGGAGGUUGCCGUCUUUGGCGCCGCAUCCGACGCGUUCUCCAUGAAAAAUGUCAACUGUACGGCAGCUGAAGCUAUAGAGCGUUUCAAGCCAGUACUGGCUGCAGCACAAAAGCAUGGCGUGCGUGUUCGCGGUUAUGUUUCAACAGUGGUGGGUUGUCCAUAUGAAGGUGCUGUAGACCCCCAGGCUGUAGUCAAGGUGGUGCAGGCAUUGCAUGAUAUGGGCUGCUAUGAGAUCUCACUAGGCGACACCAUAGGCGUCGGCACAGUCGGUAGCAUGCGUCGCAUGUUAGAUGCAGUUACGCGUGCUGUGCCUGCCGAGCAAUUGGCUGUGCACUGCCACGAUACAUACGGACAAGCGCUUUGCAAUAUACUCGCUUCGCUGGAGUAUGGCAUACGGGUUGUUGAUGCUUCAGUUUCGGGUCUUGGCGGUUGUCCUUAUGCUCGCGGUGCCUCCGGAAAUGCUGCCACCGAAGAUGUGGUAUACAUGCUGCAUGGCUUGGGUUUGCAAACGGGUGUGGAUCUGGAUAAACUGAUCAAUGUUGGACGUUAUAUAUGCGGCGAGCUGGGUAGACCCAGUGAAUCGAAAGUGAAUCGCGCCUGGAAGGGCUCGGGAAAGGCUUAAAGUGGCAACAGUCUACAGUCUACAAAGCAAACGUUGGCAUUUACUAGUUUUCUAAUUUUUUGAUUUGUCUGUGUAAUCUUAAUGUUUAUUUGUUGAAUUAAAA